AGCGCCGCAUUGGGCGACUAGUGAGCCGUCCGACCUGCAGCCGCUGAGCCGUCGCUCUGCCUCCGGUGCGAGUCCGGCCGCUCCGCAGCUUUCUCCCUUUGUCUUGCAACCAUGUCCAGCAAUGAGAAUGCAAAUUCACCAGCUGCCCGGUUUAACAGAUUCAAGAACAAGGGCAAAGACAGCUCGGAAAUGAGGCGGCGCCGCAUCGAGGUUAAUGUGGAGUUGAGGAAAGCUAAGAAGGAUGACCAGAUGUUGAAAAGGAGAAACGUCAGCUCCUUUCCUGAUGACGCUACGUCUCCACUGCAGGAAAACCGAAACAACCAGGGCACUGUAAACUGGUCUGUGGAUGACAUUGUCAAAGGCAUAAAUAGCAACAAUUUGGAAAGCCAGCUCCAGGCUACUCAAGCUGCUAGGAAACUGCUUUCCAGGGAAAAGCAGCCCCCUAUAGACAACAUAAUACGAGCAGGCUUGAUUCCGAAAUUUGUGUCCUUCUUGGGCAGAACUGACUGUAGCCCCAUUCAGUUUGAGUCUGCUUGGGCACUCACUAACAUUGCAUCUGGGACAUCAGAACAAACCAAGGCUGUGGUCGAGGGAGGAGCAAUCCCAGCAUUCAUUUCUCUGUUGGCAUCGCCGCAUGCUCACAUCAGUGAACAAGCUGUUUGGGCUUUGGGCAACAUUGCAGGUGAUGGCUCACCUUUCCGAGACUUGGUUAUCAAGUAUGGUGCAGUUGACCCUCUGUUGGCUCUCCUUGCCGUUCCUGAUAUGUCUUCUUUAGCAUGCGGUUACUUGCGGAAUCUUACCUGGACACUUUCAAACCUCUGUCGGAACAAGAAUCCCGCACCCCCAUUAGAUGCUGUUGAGCAGAUUCUCCCUACCUUAGUUCGUCUUCUGCAUCACGAUGACCCAGAAGUGUUGGCUGAUACCUGCUGGGCCAUUUCCUAUCUUACUGAUGGUCCAAAUGAACGCAUUGAAAUGGUUGUGAAAACAGGAGUUGUGCCCCAACUUGUGAAACUUCUUGGAGCGACUGAUUUGCCCAUUGUGACUCCUGCACUGAGAGCCAUAGGGAAUAUUGUCACGGGGACGGAUGAGCAGACGCAGGUUGUGAUCGAGGCAGGAGCCCUGGCUGUGUUUCCCAGCCUGCUGACUAACCCCAAAACAAACAUUCAGAAGGAAGCCACCUGGACAAUGUCAAACAUCACAGCAGGCCGUCAGGACCAGAUACAGCAAGUGGUGAACCAUGGAUUGGUCCCAUUCCUCAUCGACAUUCUCACAAAGUCGGACUUUAAAACUCAAAAAGAAGCCGUCUGGGCUGUGACCAACUAUACAAGUGGCGGAACAGUGGAACAGAUUGUCUACCUUGUGCACUGUGGCAUAAUCGAACCAUUAAUGAGCCUUUUAACCGUGAAGGACACCAAGAUUCUUUUGGUUAUUCUGGAUGCCAUUUCCAAUAUCUUUCAAGCUGCUGAGAAAAUUAAUGAAACUGAGAAACUUAGUAUAAUGAUCGAAGAAUGUGGAGGCUUGGACAAGAUUGAAGCCCUGCAAAACCAUGAAAAUGAGUCUGUGUACAAGGCUUCCUUGAACUUGAUUGAGAAGUAUUUCUCCGUAGAGGAGGAAGAAGAUCAGAAUGUUGUUCCAGAAACUACCUCUGAAGGAUAUGCCUUCCAAGUUCCUGAUGGCACCCCUGGGACCUUUAACUUUUGAGAUUGUACAGCUGAGUCCUAAGGUUGUUUGUUGUGUACCUUGUUUGGUAUAAGUUUGUCUUAAUUCUUUCUCUACUAAGAAUCUUUAUAAAUGUGAUUUGUUUAUGUAGCACUUUUUACAACAGAACUAUACUUGAACAGUUCCAGACUGUAUAUACUGUAUGAAGCCUGUCUCCUCUAUCAGUGGGUUUCUUGUUUCUGUGUGGAAUUUCAUAUCUUGCAGUGACCUGUAAAUAAAGAUUAAGUUCCACCCUUUCA